AUCUGUGCCGGGCUGCCGGCCUUGAAUCAGUGUCGGAUCGGUUACAUUUUACAUGGCAGACACACGUAAUUUACAUAAUCAUCGUCAUCACCUUCAAUGUCAAAUGAGUGUCUGAUGUGGAUGGCGUUUGUACGGUUUCCAUGAGGUUCCAGCAUGUUAGAACCACUCCUACACAUCAUGACACAAGUGGUUUCCAUAACACCCAAGUUCUCUUUUGUCAUAUUGCAUCCAGAACAUUGCUUGGUCGGUUGAUGGAAAUGAGUAAAGACAAGGAAAUAUCAUCAGCAUCUUUUUGUAGAGUUGGUAGAGUGGAAGACUGGAUUGAAGGACGAAGUAGGGUUAAAUUUUGGGCAUUGCUAUGUAACAUUUAGCAAACUGAUGUGAAUGUAAUCUAAAACAAAUUUAAAGGAAUUUAAUCAAAUGCUGCUGAAUAACUGCAUUCAUUAAUAUUUGUGAUAAAGUAUAAAUUAUCCGUAACAAGGAAAACGGUGCGGUAUGAAAACAGGAAGUAGAAUUCUACUAUUUGCGUUCCAGACUUCACGAGGAAAUUUCCGUCUUAGAGUACAAGCCAACAACAAGUCGGAUUCGGUCGGAUUUUACCUGUUUUCUUUGUCACUGUUUGGUUUUCCUUUCCCGUUUUGUUUUCGUGAAUGCGACUUGUAGCCCUCUAUAGCAGGUAGAAAACUUACACUCGCGACGCUAGUUGAGUUUGUUCACUAGCCGCGUUAGAGUUUCUCUUCUACUCUGUGUACACUUUUUAUAUGAUUUUCAUAAAUAACCGACGUUCAUUUUAAAUUACUUUGAAGCAGCACUUAAAACAACACAUCCGCUUCACGCAGCAUUACAGGGCUGUUUUCAGACUUUAAUAUUCAGCAUUAAAAAAUGGGCGAAAAUAUUCCUACUAUAUUUCCGGCUUCAUCGUUUAAUCCCCGAGCUGAUGCUGAUGCGCUUCAGAAAGCAAUGAAAGGUUUCGGUACGGACGAAAAAGCUCUGAUAAGUAUUCUGUGCCAUCGCACCUGUGACCAGCGCGCGUCAAUAAAUCUUGCCUACAAGGCAGGCUAUGGAAAGGAUCUGGAGUCGGCAUUAAAGAGCGAAUUAAGCGGUUGUUUUGAAAAGUUAAUGGUUGCCCUCUGCCUUCCUAUAGCUGAAUUUAUGGCACGUGAAGUUCAUCAUGCUAUCAGUGGAAUGGGGACCAAUGAAGAUACGCUCAUUGAAGUUCUUUGUAGCGGGACUAACCAGGAGAUUCGCGAAAUGAACGCUGCCUACCAACGAUUGUACGGGCACUCUAUGGAGAAGGAUAUCAAGGGAGAUACUUCUGGUGAAUUUGAAUUGCUUCUCGUUUCAAUGGUCCAGGGUCAAAGAGAUGAGAAUCAAGCGGUUGAUGUUUACGAGGCUAGAGCGGAUGCCCAUCUUUUGUUUCAAGCAGGAGCGGCUAAGAUAGGAACAGAUGAAAGUGUUUUUCAUUCUAUCCUUGCUUCUCGCAGUUGGCCUCAUUUACGUCAGGUUAUUUCCGAGUAUCACAAUAUGCACGGCCACACUUUGGAACGUGCUUUGAAGGCGGAGUUUUCGUUCAACGCAGAGAGGGGUCUUUUAACAAUAUUGCAAUGUGCCAAAAACAGACAUGAAUAUUUCGCUCAUCGCCUACAUCACGCCAUUGAUGGAUUGGGCACAAACGAUCGUAACCUUAUUCGUAUAAUCGUUGGUCGUUGUGAUGUUGAUCUCAACAACAUAAAACAAGAGUAUGAAAGGAAAUUCAGCCGUAGUCUUCAAGCUGAUCUUUCGGGCGAUUCUUCAGGUGAUUACCGAAGGGCACUUCUGGCUCUUCUCGGCUGAAAAUGUAAUAGGAAACUAUAUUCUUUACAUUUGAGUUAUAUCUGAGUUAUCUUUAAUACUUCCAUAACAAAAAAUUUCUUUCAUUAUAAUCAUGUUUAUGGAAUAAUUGUUGCCGAAAUAGUUACAAUUGUUUAAGAAUAAUAAGUGUCUUAAAUCUGUUUC